CCAUUCCCCUCCCUCAUAUAAACAUGCUUUAUAACUUAGUAGUAUAAAUUGUGUCCUCUUUUCUUCCAAGGCCCUUCUUUCUCCCUCAAAAUCCCCUCCAUUUUUCUCUUUCUAUUUCCCUUAAAAUGACCAUUUCUGAUACUUUCAAUUGUACAUCUUACCAUCAUAUCUUUCACUCUACACGUGUCCUCCUCCUAUUCGUUCUCUUCUUGGGCUGGGUCACCCGCCCUUCCGAAGCUUUGAAGACAUUCGGAUUCCAUCUUUACCACAGGUUUUCGGAUCCAGUACAUGGGAUUCUUGACUCCGGUGAAAAAUUACCGGAAAAGGGUAGUUCCGGUUACUAUGCUGCCUUAGCUCACCGUGAUAUUGCUGUUCAUGGCCGGCGUUUAAUAUCAAGUUCCGGUGACUCACAGACACCUCUCACUUUCUCCUCCGGAAAUACUACUUAUCGCAUCAGCCUCUUUGGAUUCUUACAUUAUGCAAAUGUGACGGUUGGAACACCGGGAUCGUCGUUUCUUGUUGCAUUAGACACCGGGAGUGAUCUUUUUUGGUUACCUUGUGACUGUAUUCAGUGUGUCAAAGGAGUCAAAUUCCAAAAUGAAGAGUUGGACUUCAGCAUUUACAGCCUUGAUAAGUCUUCUUCAGGGAGAACGGUUCCAUGCAGCAGUCCUCUGUGUGCACAUAAUUCAAGCUGUCCAGCUUCAUCCGAUGCAUGUCCCUACAGAGUCGUGUAUCUGUCCUCUAACACAUCUUCUUCUGGAUAUUUAGUUGAGGAUGUAUUACAUCUAACAGAAGACAAUAAUCCUUCUGAGCCAGCUGAUGCAACAAUUCCUUUUGGUUGCGGCAAGGUUGAGACUGGUUCAUUUCUGAGCGGUGGAGCCCCCAAUGGCUUGCUUGGGCUUGGUUUGGAUAGUAUAUCUUUGCCUAGCAUGUUAGCUAGUCAAAAAGUCGCUGCAGAUUCUUUCUCCAUGUGUUUCGGAGAUGAUGGAUUGGGACGAAUAACUUUUGGUGAUAAAGGAAGCUCGGAUCAAAAUGAAACACCACUAAAGCUUAGAAAGAUAAAUCCACAUUACAAUAUUAGCAUAUCACAGAUACAGGUUGGAAAAAAUGCCUCUCAAAUUGAUGGUAUUUAUGCAAUUUUCGACUCUGGCACGUCUUUUACAUACCUAAAUGACCCUGUUUAUUCUCUAAUUACUGAAAAAUUUGAUUCGCAAGUAAAAGAUCAUAGAGACAACUCUCAAACCGAGAUUCCUUUCAAAUACUGUUAUUCCCUAAGGUCAAACCAAAGUCACCUGAAUACACCCUCGAUCAAGCUGACAAUGGAAGGUGGAAACCAAUUUCAUGUCAUUGAGCCAACUGUGGCAGUUUCUGCUAUGUCUGGAGACUUCUAUUGCUUGGGAAUCGUCAAAAGUAAAGACGUCAAUAUCAUUGGCCAGAACUUCAUGACUGGCUAUCGUGUAGUUUUUGAUCGUGAAAAGUUGAUGUUGGGCUGGAAGGCCUCAGACUGUAACGAAGCAGUGGGUUCGAGCAUGCUUCCCAUUAGUCCUCAGGGAUCCAAACCAGUUCCUCCAAUAUCUGCCAUUGAACCUCAAGAUGUACAACAAAGCGGUUCUCAUAUAACCGGGACAUCAUCAGCCAUCAAAUAUCAUUUAUCUGAUCUAAAUCUGUGGACUAGUAUAUUUGUUUUGUCUUUCCUUCAAGUCUUAUCAAUUCUUUGGUAAAUUGAUUACCCAUAGUCAUACAUUAUUGAUUGGUUCAUGCAUGUAGUCUUUAUAUUGCUGGCUGGAUCAUGCACCAAUUUAGAAAGGUAUAGAAUUAUGAGUCUUUUUCUAGCUCUAGUGGAGUACUAUUUUUAGGAUCUGGCUCUGUAUUAUUGUUCUUGGCGGCUUUUUUUUUUUUUUUUUUGACUCAGUAUCGUAUAUAUUUAUACCUACAGAAAUUUGCUUUGUAUAGCAUCAUUUAUUUUGUUCUAUAUACAAAUACAUCAGAUUUUGCUCUUUAGUCUUUACUAUGCUUAUUAUAAA